AUGUAUGAUAAUAUAUCGAGUGAAUGUAAUAAAACACAAUGCCUAAGUGAAGCACAAAGAAAAACUUUCCUUGCUAUAUCUAAAUUACUUAUUGCACUCCGUGAACAACUUGUUUCCUAUCCAAAUGAAUAUUUUCAUGGUCGAGGUAUUGUUCUCACGACUGGAUCAAAUCAAUUGAAGUUUACAAAAGUCAAUUUAAAGAUGAUGGAAUUUAGUGGUACUCGAUUAAAUGUUCAGGUAAAUAUUAUAAACCAGCAGCAAUACUUAGUGCCACUUUUUGCUGAAGUACUUUUUCUCGAUUCUGAUUCAUAUAUUGUACGAGAUCCAGAAAAUCUUUGUGGUGAACAUGAAUAUGAAUUAGAUAGUGCAGCAAUAUUAGUUGAUAAAAAACGUGUAUGGAAAGGACUUUAUAUAACUAAAUUAAUGAAUGAUAAUCAUGAACUAUUUUAUAAACAUGUCUCCGGCGGAGAUAAAGAUACAUUUCGAUUUGGAUUUCGUUAUGUGAAUGUCAAAUAUUAUAUAGUAAUGAUACCGUGUAGUACUGGUGCAUUCAAUGAUACUCAUUUCUGUGGUUGA